UGGUCGUCGUAACCAAAAUAACAACAAACACACUCGUGGUUUUACCCCCAAGAACUUUAAAAAUCAGUCAAUACGGGAAAAAUCAAUAAACGAACUCGCAAUGGCGACGGGUACAGACGAUGCUCGGGAGAAGAAAUGUGCCGUAGUGGCGUGUGAUAAAUGUCUAAUCAGGCAGACAGACGGACGGGUGGAUGUCAGGGCCUUCAUCGUACCCAAAGGGAAACGCUCAGGUUUCCACGUGAACUGGGACGAUAACGGAUUUGCGACUUUUCACGAAGACUGCUGGUUUGCUUUAAAAAGCUCGUAUAAAUCCCAGGAAUCGAACCUAACCAAGGAGGAAAAAGAAAUGGUGAAGGAGGCGAUCAAAACGGCGGAAAUCCACAACUCUUACGACAAAGUCCAGCGAGAGGCAGAGCACAUAGCUAACCUGAUCAAGAACUCCAAAUACUGCAUAGCGUUCACGGGAGCGGGUAUUUCCACCGCAGCAGGAAUCGGAGAUUUCCGAGGAAUUCGGGGGAAAUGGACUGAGAGGGAUAAAGAUAAGAAGCAAGGGACCAAAGGAAAACCCAAGCAGGUUAAACGCAACUUUCAAAUUCUCCGACCAACUUACACCCACGAAGCAAUAGUAAAACUGAUGGAUAACGGAGAUUUGAAGCACGUGAUCAGUCAAAAUGUUGAUGGGCUGCACCGUCUCUCUGGGCUUGAGGAAGGUCAAAUCUCAGAACUGCAUGGCAAUACCUUUGUAGAGAAAUGUGAAAAAUGUAAGAAAAGAUACGUCAGAAAUUUCAGAUGUGGGGGUAAAGCCACCAAUGUUCCUGUGAAUAAGUGUAAGCACUGCCGGAUAAAUCAUCGAACUGGGCGUGUCUGUGACGAUAAGAAGUGUAAUGGGUAUUUGAUGAACACAAUCAUAAACUUUGGAGACUAUCUGGAAGAAGAUGUUUUACAUGGCGCGGAGGAACACGCAGAACGCUCCGACCUCGUUUUGGCUCUUGGAACUACGCUUCAAGUUUCUCCAGCAAACGAUCUGGUGGAAAUGGGUCAAGUUCCCAUACGAUUAGUCAUCUGCAACAGACAAGUCACCGACUACGACGAUACGUGUUUGGAGUUGGACGAAAAAGGAGUUCCGUUGGGAUCACGCGUGUUUGGGGAUUGUGAUAAAUUAAUGCGUGAAGUGAUGCGAUGUAUUCUUCCAAGAGAGGAGCUAGAGAAAUGGGAGGAAGAUAGAGCUGUUCGAAUGCUGACGUACGACACAAAACGGAAAUUGUAGCAGAACAUUUGGGGAAAGCAACCCAACACUGGCAUUGAAGGAUUUCAACAAAAUUAGACGUCAAGAGACAAUUUUUUACCUCCAAAAAUACAUACGCAUAUGUUUCUUAUCCCCCUCCCCUGCAACUGGUUAAAAGAUUUCGGAGAUGGUGUAAUAUGAAAGUCGUGUGUUGGUUCGACGUUUACAAGAAUUAAGCAAUAUCUCUUAUGAUAAAAAAGGAAUGAUAAAAAAAAGGAAUGGUACCUAAGGAAGAUCCUGGUUUCUAUUGGAUUCUUAGGUCAAGUGUACACCUAGGUCACUGGGCAUGAAAUUCUAAAUUUCCUUAUUUUCAACUUCUUGAUAACUACUAUUCCAAUUCUUUUCAAAUUUGGUAUAAAGCAUCCUUGGGACAAGGGGGACAUAAAUUGUAACUUGCAGGACUCCUGCACCCCAGGAGCAGUGAAAAAACUGUCCAAAAUUGACCAAUUUUCUAAAAUCUUCUUUUCUAGAACCGCACGCGUAAUAAAAACUAAAUGCAUAGUGAUGUAGAGCAGGAAGGCCUCUACCAAAAUUGUAAAUUUCAUGAUCCAGGGCGGGGCCAAACUUAGUAUAUAAUGUUUAUGUGUAAACCACUUAAAUAAAAUUGUAAAUUUGAUGAUCCCAGGGGUAGGGGUUUUGGUAUUAGGGUGGGGCCAAAAUGAUCAGUUAUUAAAUGUGUGAACAAUAGAAUUUUUUAACUUCUUGAUAACUAUCAUUCCAAUUCUUUUCAAAUUUGGCAUGAAGCAUCUAUGGAAAAAGGGGGACAUAAAUUGUAAACUUCUUCUUGAUAACUACCAUUCCAAUUUUUUCAUAUUUGGUAUGAAAAAUCUUUGGAAGAAGGGAAACAUCAAUUGUAAAUGUCAGGAUUCCUGCACCCCAGGGCCUUAGGGACGGGGCUAAAACUGCCCAAUAUUGACCAGUUUUCAAAAAUCUUCUUUUCUAAAACUGCACAUGUUUAAGAAAAACUAAAUGCAUAGUGAUGUAGAGCAGUAAUACCUCUACAAAAAUUGUAAAUUACAUGACCCCAGGAUGGGACCAAACUUACUAUAUAGUGUUUAUGUGUAAACCACUUAAAUAAUAUCUUCUUUAGUGCUAUAGAUACUAAAUUGAAAGUAAAUGGAUAUUUAGAAAGAGCAGAUGUAAAUUUGAUGAUCCCAGGGGUAAGGGUUUUGGUAUUAGGGUGGGGCCAAAAUGGUCAGUUAUCAAAUGUGUGAACAAAAGAAUUUUUUAACUUCUUGAUAACUACCAUUCCAAUUCUUUUCAAAUUUGGAAGAAGGGGGACAUAAAUUUUAAAUUUCAGGACCCCUGCUCCCCCAGUAUAAAACAUUUAAUUAACAUCUUUAGUGCUAUUUAUACUAAAUUGAAUCUAAAUGGAUAUUGAGAAGGAGUAGGUAUGAUCCUAGGGGUAAGGGGUUGGUUUCAGGGUGGUGUCAAAAUUAUAAUUUAAUGAUUUUAAGGACUCGUUUAAGUUUGCUGAUACUGUAUAAAAUCUAAAUGCAUACUUAGAAAAGGAUGUACAAGAAUGGUGAAUUUCACAACCCAGGCUUUUGACUCUAGGAUGGGUCCAGAUUAGUCAUAUCUUAUAAUGUUAAUACGGUUAGAUCCCUGUUGGUUAGAGAGCUCAGUUGAUAGAGCACCCAACGAGAUUCAGGGGGCCUGGGUUUGAAUCCCGGUCUGGUCCAUUGUUACAAUAUAAUGUUCUAGGGUCCUUCUGGUAUGUUUGUUUAUUUCCGUAAGCAUUCAUACAGCUUAAUUGGAGUGCAAAAUUACAAACAGGGGAGUGAAUCAGGACCGCGGAGAAAGGAGAGCAUACACAUAACCCGUUACGAAAUGUCACAUAUCGAAAGUUUGAAACGCAUGGCCCUGGAGUCCAAGUUGUUCAUGUUUGAUCUCACACUUUGAAAUGUUUUACUAUUUUAAUGCAUCCGACACUUCAUAAAAACCAGGCAAUUCAUGAAAUGUUCUUGCCUCUCUGCAACGAUAUGUAAAAUAAAUAUGAACAAAACAGAU